GCUCUGCGGCCUGUAGGAGGCGCAGUGCGGUCGCCAUCUUGAGGACACCCUAAACACACCGCUCGUCUGGCGGGGCGGCUGAUAACCGUCUCCGGCGCAUCAUGACGGGAUUAUACGCUUCCAAAUAAAACAGCACCGCUCCAGUUUCAGGUCGCGGGUUUCCCAGGAGGACCCAGACGAGCCGCCCGGUGACGGCUCAUCGUUCGCUGCGGGGUUCGGUUGAAAGCGAAGGCGGCUCCGCUGUGGCCCGAUGGCCGGCUAGCUGCUCGGAGGAGGAAGGGUGGUGACGACGGCGCAGAAUGCUCCGCCGCUGACUUCCCGAACAGCACGAAUCGUUCCGCACACCRAGAGCUGGGAGGCUGGCCACCAUGCGCCCGUAGAUCCCUGCGCACACGUCUGAGUUCUGCCCGGUUUGUUUUCGUUGUGAGCGGACAUCAUCUUCAUCUUCAUCUUCGUCAUGUCAUCUAACUGCACCAGCAGUGCCGCGGCCGUCAGCGCCAGCAAAACCAAGACGAAAAAGAAGCAUUUUAUAGGACAGAAAGUCAAGUUGUUCCGCGCCAGUGAGCCCAUCCUCAGCGUGUUGAUGUGGGGAGUGAACCACACGGUUAACGAGUUAAGUAACGUGCCUGUACCAGUUAUGCUGAUGCCAGAUGACUUUAAAGCCUACAGUAAGAUAAAAGUGGACAACCACCUGUUUAACAAAGAAAACCUCCCGAGUCGCUUUAAGUUCAAAGAGUACUGUCCCAUGGUGUUCAGGAACCUGAGGGAGCGGUUCUGCAUCGACGACCAGGACUACCAGAACUCCCUGACUCGCAGCGCCCCCAUCAACAGCGACUCCCAGGGUCGCUUCGGGAACCGCUUCCUGACGAGCUACGACCACCGCUUCGUCAUCAAAACCGUGUCCAGCGAGGACAUCGCAGAGAUGCACAACAUCCUGAAGAAAUAUCACCAGUUUAUCGUGGAGUGUCACGGCAACACGCUGCUGCCUCAGUUCCUGGGCAUGUACCGGCUAACGGUGGACGGGGUGGAGACCUACAUGGUGGUGACCCGGAACGUCUUCAGCCACCGCCUCACCGUGCACCGCAAGUACGACCUGAAGGGUUCUACGGUCUCCAGGGAAGCCAGCGACAAGGAGAAGGCCAAAGAACUUCCCACUUUCAAAGACAACGACUUCCUGAAUGAAGGACACAAGCUGCAGAUAGGAGACGACAACAAGAAGUACUUUUUAGAGAAGCUAAAGCGGGACGUGGAGUUCCUGGCCACCCUGAAGAUCAUGGACUACAGCCUCCUGGUGGGCAUCCACGACGUGGAGCGGGCAGAGCAGGAGGAGAUGGAUGUGGAGGGCGGCGUGGAGGAGGAGGACCUGGAGAGCGACGGGAUGGGGGGAGGAGUGCUGACGGGCUCCUUCGGCACGCCCCCUGACAGCCCUGGGAACCCCCUGAACUGCGGCGGCUUCUUCGGCCCCGGAGAGUUCGACCCCUCCGUCGACGUUUACGCAAUCAAGAGCCACGACGGCGCUGCGAAGAAAGAGGUUUACUUCAUGGCCAUCAUCGACAUCCUGACGCACUACGAUGCUAAGAAAAAAGCUGCACACGCUGCCAAAACUGUGAAACACGGGGCGGGGGCUGAGAUCUCGACAGUGAACCCGGAGCAGUACUCCAAAAGAUUCUACGAGUUCAUGUCCAACAUCCUGUCCUAGAUUCACCUUCUGGUCCAGCUCGUCUCCUCCGGUUGUAGUUCUGUCAAAUGUCUUAGUCCUCUGUGUCCAUCCGUCUCCCGUCUUUAAAAAAAAAAAAAGCGUCCAUCUUUGUCCCCUGAAGGAGGGACGCAUCGAGCCUGUUACACGAACACCUCCUCUCUGUCCCCCGUUCUAUUUUUGUUUUUAAUUCUGUCCCCUGUCCCCGCCUCGUCCUCGUCCUCAUGCCAGCACGAACACUGUCUCACGAAUGCCUUGAACCAGUUUCAGCUUCAGCCGUUUCCGGUCCGUCAGCGGAGUGUCCUCGGCUUUUACUUUCAAACUGACGCCGAACAGCCAGAAUGCACGACGACCUCCCCGCCGUCACKUUUAACCCCGCCCCCUGCUGGGAGACCCCAGAAUAACACGUUAAUUAACAUGUAAUAACAGUUACUGAAUGCAAACGUCCAAAAUGCAUGGCCGACGUCUUCACCAGACUCACUAAAGUGUUAAAACUUUGAUGUUGGAAUGUUCUGUUGCCAUAACCUUUCUGAAUAUUUUUAACUUUAACCGUACGUUGGGUCUGAGGAGGAAAAAGAUUUAAUGUUUAAAAAACAGAGGGGAAUUCUGCAGCAAAUACCUGUUUUAUUACCAUAAGGAUCAUUUUUAUAUCUUGUUUACAUUAAUGUAGCAAUUUUGUGUUUGUAUACAGUAUUGUUUUGUUACCAACAGACAUUAGGAAAAAAAAGGUUACUUGAAAAUGAUUCAUUGCAAAAUAAAAGGGAGUUUUAUCUCGUUUUUGUUGUCUUUA